UACGAUAGUCGUGAAGGCAGCACUGCAACUUAGUUGGUGGUACCUAGCUUAAACUUCUUUAGCCUGUAUUUAAGAUGAGUGUUUUCUUUACCAUUUGUGCCAACAUGCUAUAAAACCUUUUUUUACCUCCCAAUACCGGCCGACGGUGAACCUUUUGAGAGCAGGCAGGGUUUGACGAAGCUCAAAAAAGUCCGCGGGGAAGUUCCCUAGGAAAUCCCCUAAGACUGUUCGGGGAUAUUAUUCUCAACACUGAUCCGCCAAAGCUCCGACACAACUGACGACCUCGGUGCAUUUCUAAAGACACAGGGCUAGAAGCAGAGGCGUCAAAUGCUGGAUUAUUAAAAGACUCAUCCUUCUGUCAAAUCUACGAAGCCUGCAAUGGAUAACGCCAGUCUAAACACGGAUAACGACCUGCUGAAAGACAAAAUGCGGACUUACAGCACGCUGAAUUCUCUGUACCAUGAGACGCGACAGGAAAUCGAGCUUCUGAACAAACAGAUUUACGUAAAGGACAAUGUUAUUGCAGAUUUAAAAGCAAGGCUAGGGAGAUAUGAGAAGAUCUACAUGACGGUGGGAGAUAACGAGUCUGUGGUCAUCGGGCCGUCCAAGUCUCUGCUGGAGAGCUUGUGUAAAGAAAUAUGCAAACUGAAACAGAAAAGGAACGAAAUCGAGUUCAAGGCAUCUCGACAAGCAGAGGAGAUCCAGAGGCUGACUGUGCAGCUCAGAGAGAAGGAGCUGGCGCUGGAGAGUGUCACGUGUCAGCCGGACCACGAGAAGGACCUGGAGAUCCAGAGGCUGCGGUCCGCCCUGGAGGAGAGGGAGCGGUCUGAGGCCACCAGAGCCGUACUCUGCACAUCCCUGGAGGAGGAGGCCGAUCAGCUGCGCAGCCAGCUUGGCGCAACGGUGAAGGUGUGCCAGGAGCUGCUGGCCAGGCUGGAGAAAGAGAAGAAGGGUGGAGAAGAAGUGGAGGUUGUGGUUCAGCAGCAAAAGGAGAUGACAGAGUCCUCUGACUUGAGUGGUGUAAACGCCCAAAUCUGUCAACUUCAGGAGGAGAAUCAACAGCUAAAGCAGCGAGUGGCAUAUGUACAAGGUCUGAAUUCUCAGUGGCAGAAGUAUGACUCCAGCAGAGAGGACUAUAUCAGAGGUUUAUGCCAGAGGCUGAAGGAGACCACUGGGCAGGGCCUGAUGCCUAGGCUGGGCUCUGUAAGCACCGGGUUGCUUCAUCAUGAGAUUUCCAGGCUCAAUGACUUACUGGAAGAGAAGAUGAGCGAGUGUGAGCGGCUGGGUAGUGAAAUGGAUGAGAUAAGGAGGCAAGACCAAGAGUGCAUCCAGACUCUGGAGCAGCAGGUCCUCAUCUACACAGAGGACUUUAAGUCGGAGCGUGCAGACAGAGAGCGAGCACAGGGCCAGAUCCAAGACCUGAAGGAGCAGGUUUAUCAGUUAAAACGGCAGCUACACAAACAGGGAGCAAACAGAGAGAACAGAGAAGUGGUUCCCAUGUGCCAUGUGCACAUAGGACACAGGAUCUCCUCGAGGCGACAAAAGGACUCUUCAGAGCCUCUAUUGAGGACUACUGCUGAGAUGCAGCAACAGCCUGCAGCUGUAGCAGCAACACCGAACCCUGCCUGGAGCAACUGCCCAGGCCUGUCAGAGCUACAGUGCCCGCGGUGCCACGCCAAGUUCAACGACAGGGACGCUACAGCGUACCUAAACCAUUGUGAAGAGUGUGCCAAACUAUAAACGGAACAACACUCAUUUGGAAAAGACAGUUAUCUCUUGCUUACAGUAACUCAACACUGAAGAGCAGCACUACACGGCAGAAAAUAACCUGAGUGGAGUUUCCGAUUCGGAGAGGCUUGACAACAAGUGAAACGACUGACUAAAGUCGUUUGUACAUAGUGAAGCAAAACUAUACAACCCAAAGUUCCCCUGUUGCAAGAGGAAUGAGUUCAUCAGGCUUUUCUAGGUCUGUAUAGUUUUAAAUCCAGUGUCAGGUUCUUAGUGUUCUCCUGUGGCAAUGCAGGCUGUUGUGGUGGGGAAGUGGAUGUCAAUGCAAUAUAUCCAAUAUCAUAUACCUCAAUGUGUCAAAUUACAAACCUGUUGCACUUUCUUGACAUUUAGCCAAAAACUAAUCGUAGGAUUGUACGAUGGGGAGAUUCAUGAUGCAUAAGCUUCUUAUUUUGGAUCUAGACGCAUCCUAGAUGACAAUGUGGUGCUAUUAGUAGUUUUUGAACUUAUGAACUUUACAUAUUUCUGUAAUGUAAAUUAUAUAUUCUUAAUAGAUUUAAAAUAUAAACAAUAAUUAAUAUUUAUUCUCUUUGCAUAAAUAAUUGGAAAAGGCAAAUCAUUUUUGUGCAGUGUUGCCUUUUUUCCAUUAAAGCCAUGAAAUAUAUAUAUAAUUUUUUUUUUUUCCUGGUAAACUUUUAGGAUCAAAUGUUAAAUACGUUACAACUGGAAACAUGUUUGAGAUCCACUUUUUGAAACGGUAUGUAUAAAAUUGCAUCCUAACUGACAAUGCGUUUUUAUUUUAUUUUUUUUUAAGAUCUGGUGCUGUUUUUCUUGAGCUGGCACAUUAUUUUUGUAUUAAAAGACUGUUUACCCACA